AUGGAGGAAAGCGUUCCUGUUUCUUGUUCGGAAGAAUUCGACAGUUUCUCGUGUGUUUUGUGUUUCCGUGUGAUUGAAAAAGCCCACGAAAGAUAUUUAGUGUUAGGGAAGUCCAAAUUUAAUGUGAAAGAGGCCAUCGAGAAAUUACCUUUUGAAGUAUCGUAUAUUUCUUCCGCUCAUAUCUGCCGACAGUGUUUGGCCAAAUUACAAAAAAGAUCAAGCUUACUUUUGCAAGAAAGAAACAUUGUUGCGGAGCUCACUAGUGUUUACCAGAAAGGAAAAUAUAAAAGGCAGCAAGAUACGACAGAAGAGGGACCAGUAACAAAACGAUCGAACGUGUCCAUCGCAGAUGUCGAGACAACAUCAAAGGCUAAGCCAGCGUUUCAACAAGGUAAAAGUAAAACUUCUCGUGAAUUGGAUUUCUUAAUCGCUAGUUCUCCUCCGACUGUUCCAUUAAGUCAUUCCACUCCUGUUAAAGAACACCAACCCGCUAGAACAUCUGUGAACGUAAGAGUAUCAUGGCCGAGUAAAACUGUUGAAAAACAAUUGCAUCCAGACUUAGAGUCACUAUGGAAAAUGCUGGUCCGUGGUACUUAUAAACAAAUAGCCAAUGCAGCAUGGAACAGCAAACAGAUCAGAAAGCAUCUCACCGUCAACGUCCUAAAACAAAUUGACAAGGA